AUGGAACGCAACACAACUAAAACCUGUGAAGGGCAUAAUGGGAAUGGAGAAGAACUAGUCAAUACAACCUCUGGGAUAAAGGAGGGUCCAGUUCUUACAAAGUUAUUUGCUUCACCCACACUUCACUCUGAUCAUCAUUCAGUGGAAACCUGUGGAUUUGAAACUCCACAAAGGGCGUUAGAAAUAGACGCACAAAUCGGCCCGAUUAAAGAUGGCACAAGGAUAAUCAGAGGUCCGAUAAACAGCAGCUAUACGCUCCAAUCUGUUCUACCUGAUGUGUAUAAGGCUGUUAUUAUUAACAAUCGCAGCUUCCCAAUAACAAAUGGCGUUCGCACAACCAGCUACUUCACCUGCACAUAUAUUCAAGGUAGGUGCUCCAAAAUUCUUUAUUUCUUCUCUAUGUAUUUCAAAGUACCAGUAAAAUUUUUUGCAUUAAAAGAUCCUUUCAUAAAUUAUUAUAGUGCGGCCAUAUCAUGCGGUGGUGACACUGACAGGAAAAAUUUCGGAAGAUUUAAGCUGGAUUACUAUUAUACCACAAAGGGAGUCCGUGGUUUGAUUCCGAAUCCAAAUCAGCCAUUUUUCAUUGAUGCUCUCAACAUGACAGAAGCCAAGCUUACUUGUACAUUCAAUGGAACUGGAACACCGAUAUGCAGGUUUUGGUUUUUAAUUAGUGCCGCCACGAUUGUCGCAACAAAAUACGUUUCUCCAGUAUACGUACUAAAUGCCUCUAAGCCGGCGAAUUAUACGGAUGAUUACCCAGAAAUCGUCACAUUUGGUUUGUUUUUACUGUUUCUAUUAUUUUCUUUUUCGAUAUUUUUUUCAAUAGAAGAAAAUGGCAUGGAAAUGAGUCCGGGUAGUUUGAGCCACAAGAUGACAUGCACUACAGUUCCUCCUGGGAGCGGUGAGUUGUUUGUUAUUAUUCUAUGCUUUUUCAAUUGCCUUAAAGUCUGCAAUUCGUCGCUUUUAUCUGCUUUAGCUCCAAAGCUUCCUGUGUUUUGGCCCGUUGUGAUGUGUGCAUCUAUUAACUUGUCACCUAAAAGAUAUAAACAAAAGGUUUUAGAAGAAUCUGUCAUAUUUUACUUACCAAUAAAUUGUCGACUUCUGCUAUAUUCUAUUUUAAUAUUGCAAACAAAACAGCAGCUUGCUUAUAUUUCUACAUAUUUUGAUUUCAGGUUAUCUUCUUACUCUUACGAUAUUUGA